AUGCUCUCAUCAACACUCCUCACCGUCGCGAGCGCGGCGCUCGCCUCCGCCCACACCGUCAUCACAUACCCAGGAUGGCGCGGCAACAGCUUGAUCACCAACUCGACCUUCCCCUACGGCAUGCAAUGGAUGUACCCAUGCGGCGGCAUGCCCACAACAACAAACCGCACCUUCUGGCCCACCACCGGCGGCGCCAUCGCCUUCCAACCGGGCUGGUUCUCCGGCCACGCGACAGCCUUCAUCUACAUCAACCUCGGCUACGGCAACGAAGGCCCCGAGUUCGCCCCCGGUCUCCACGGUCCGCCCAACAUGAGCCACCCCAUGGUCCCGCCCUUCCAGAUCAUCGGCCCGACCAAGAACCCUUACCCGGGCACCGUCUGCCUGCCGCAGGUCGCGCUACCCGCCGACGCUGGCGACUUUAACAUCAAGGCUGGUGAUAAUGCUACUAUUCAGGUCGUUGAGACUGCUCUUCAUGGCGCGGCGCUGUACUCUUGCGUGGACAUCACAUUCGCCGAACCCGGCGACCCGCGUAUCCCCCUGGUCAACGAAACCAACUGCUUCAACUCCACCGACAUCGGCGCCGCCGACAUCUAUACUCUGACUCUGCGCGAGUCGGGCCAAGGCGACUUGCCGGGUGCCAACCCGAACGGUGCGGCGGGGUUGAGUGUCCCGCAGUUGUUGUCUUGGGGCGGGUACGCGCCGCUUUUGGUGUUGGGGGGGAUUUGGGCGCUUCUUUAG